CCUUAAUUGUGCUCAUCAUUGAAACCUUUAAUCGAAUGGAAUUUAAAUAAUCUCUCAUAUACUUCUACUAUCGUUAUGGCACCAGUCUUAGAGAACCUAUAAAUGAUUAAAUUUAGAUUGAAAAUUAGCACACUCUAAUAUACCAAAUCAAAGCCCAUUUUUAACAAAUUCGUGAAUUUGAUAAUGAAUGCACUUAUCUUAAAUACUUAUAAGAUGAAUCAAUCCUUUUUUAGUAUCAAAUAGACUGUGCAAUAGACACACAUCUGAACAAUAAUCUGAUAUACAUUAUUGACUACAACAAUUGUACUAGUACAUUACUUAAACAGUUUUGAGUGUAUAUUAAAUCGAUGCCGAAGAAAUCUUCGAUGUAGAGUAUUAUGGAUUCAAUAAAUGGGUAUCAAUAAAACUCAUAUUCCAAACCAUCUAUUUAGGAGAGUAUUACAAAUCAUAAUUGAUGCAUCAAAACUUCUAUAUGACUACAAUACAUUAAUAUAAUAUGAUUCAUUAUGUAUAUAGAGAUAGAUCUAUAAACAAAUUUGAAUCUAUUUAAUAAGACCGUAUUAUUAACUUUUAUUCUUCUAACAUGUAAUUACUAAUUAUCAGUAAUACAUAUGAUAUUUAAUAUAUCUCAGUGAUGAAGUAAAUGAAUAUAUUAUUUUAGUUAUAUUAAACAAUAAGAUAUUCCAUUUUUUACAACAUUUCAUCUCUUUCAUAAGGGAUAAUAUGUUGUUAAUAUUCCAUUUGAAAGUUCUUAGAAUAAAUCUAGAGAUAUUAUCAAUUUAAUCAUUAUUAUUUUAGAUGAAUUUCAAUAAUAAAUCAAAAUUUCUAUCAUUCAUUAUUAAAUGUCAGUUUUCUCAGGAUUUGGUUCAUCAAGCACUAUUUAUUAAGAUGAAGUAACAAAUAUUGUAAUUUAUUUUAAACCUAUUUAGUAUGAUUCAUCUUUCAAAUCCAAUUGGAAAGAAUUAAUUAAAUAUGAAACUAUUGAAGAUCAUCUAUAUAUUAUUUAUGGUACUCAACAUUACUUUAUACGCCCAUAUCAAUUCUCAUAUGAGAGAUAUGAAGUUAUUAAAUUGAAUUGUUUGACAAAGGAAAUAGGCAUCAAAAACAGAAUAGUCAAACUUAAACUUCACAGUUAUAAUCUGUUAAUUCAAACAUAUAAUUAUUUAAGUGAUUCAAACUAAUUCUAUUAUCUUAAUCUAUCUACUGUAUAAUACAAUCGUGAAUAAUAAUAAUCAAUUUGUAUUAUUAUUACCUUAAUUUUUAGAGUUUUUAAAACUAGAAGAUAUCAGAUAAUGUAUACACAAAAAUGCAAUACUUGAUUUUGUCAUUCUUAAUCAAAAAUUCUAUUCAGAAAUUAUGCUCCUUCUUCAAUCAGGUGAUAUUGUUAUCGGACAAUUAUAAUAUCCCUUAUAUUAGUAGAUGCUUGAAUGGGCUAUUGGAUCAGAAGCUGACUUUGAUGAUAUAGGAAGUAUUAGAACAUCCAAAGUUUGGAUAUUAAUAACAGUAGUUUUGAUAAUUUUGAAACUAGGUCAUCAUUUGUAUAAUUUUAUUUGAC